AUGUCUUCUUCGAGUGGAGUUUCUGGCACACUAGACCCCAUAGCAGUAGACCCAGAUGAUCCAAUGCCCAAAGAUCCCGAGAUUUAUACAUCUGAUACUGACAGCACUGAUGAUGACGAUUUUCAGCCUUUCGCUUUGCCCGACUUCGGGGACGAUGAUCAGCUCGCUGAUGGCAUUCUAGUUGGGGAUCUACCUCUUGCUGAGAUCCCUGCUCCCGUUCCACUUGCUGCAUUUCCUAUGGAGGAUUUGCCACUCGAUGUUGUGUCUGAUGACGACAUCGAUCUUUUAGAUGAGGGUCCCCCUGAGGACUACCAUGAGGGUGGGGCCCCGAUUGCUGAUGAUGUCGUCAUUCCUAUUGUUGAGGCUCCUGUGGAGGAGGAUCCUUCUGAUUCACCUGAUCCAGACUCGUUUGAGUCUGUGGCAUCCGCUUCUUUGCACGACCGGGGCAUGCAGCACUACUCUCCUGACGCUGACUCAGACAUGGCGAUGUCAGCUGUACCUGGUUCACCUCACGAGUUUGAGUUUGAUCAUGAGUUCGAGGACAAGUUUGAUCCAGUUUUUCCUCCUGAUUUUGACCCCGAUCACGAGAUCGAGUUUAUUCCUGUUGACCAGCCUUUGGAGGCACCAGUGGCUCCUAUUGAUCAGUUUCUUGAUAUACCUGCCGACUUUGAUAUGGACUUUGCCGACCCUGAGCCUGUCAUAGCACCAGAGCCUAUCGUUGCUCAUGACCCUGUGCCUGUGCACGACCCUGUUCUUGAUGAUGCUCCAAUCGUUGCACCGCCUGAUAUGGAUGCACCAGCCAUUGCACGACCCAUUGUUGACCUUCCCGUUAUUGCACCGAUAUUACCUGAUUCGGCCCCUGUGUAUGCUGACCAUGCACCUUUUGCCACUCACAUCGAUCCUCGAUACGCUGACACCCACAACGGGUGGUUCGAUGAUGACGAUUAUCCCCUAUAUGUUAGACCUGUCACCCCUUCUCAUGCACCCAUCUCUGCACCGAUUGAUGUUGCCCCUCAUCUUCCCCAUGUGUCUGAUAUCCAUCGUACCGAUCUUCCUAUCACUUUUCUCCGGGAUAUUCCUCCACCUCGUCCUGGGGAGGGUUCGUCGAGACAGCAGCCUGCUUUUGUACCGCCUAUAUCGUCAGCUGUUCCAUUUAUGUCUCAGUUUCCUCACACUACACCAUCUUUUGUACCUUCGGGCGAGCCGUUUCUGUGGUCUUCGCCCAAUAUUAUGCCACUAUCAGACCCAUAUCACCCGUUUCAUGUCGGGUAUACCAGAGAUGACAUACUGAUAUCCCUGCAGUUACAGCAGGACGCGUUGAGCAGACGCAUUCAGGAGCUAGAGAGAGUUCCACGUCCUACUCCGUGUCAUUGUCAGUCUCCUUUUUCUACGCCAACAGCUCCUCUUCCAUUACCCCGAAAUUCGGAUGUUCGCUUCCUCACACCUGAGCAGCAGAUUGCCUAUUUGCUGUGCGUUAUUCGUGCCCUUGAGGAGGAUUGGGUGCACAUGCGCCGUUUGCUUUUCUCUUAUCCUCCUCCUCCUCCCCCGCCAUCAGCAUAG